AUGAUUAUUACACUUUUGCUAUUGAUUAUUCCAUGGAUCGGUUUAACAACAAGUCAAAUUCCCAAUCCUAUGCGAUAUCAAGUUAGUUUUGAAGGUGGUUCCCAUUAUGCCGUUGAUAAAAUACGUUGGAGAUUGAGUUCUAAAAUAUGUUCAUCACACGAAACUCUGUCAUCGGGUUGUAGCUUUCAAGAAAUCUACGUUCCCAACGAAGGUCGCACUUAUAAUUUUCAACUCACUACCGCAAAUCCAUGUAUUGUAAAUCGAGGUGCAUUUCUGAAAUACAUUGAUAUCUGGCCUGGUAUUGUCGACAAAUAUGGCGGAGAAAAUAAAACAUACGACAAAGUUAUUUUCGAUAACGACUGUGAUGGACCUUGUUUGACUUGGUUUACUCAACACAAUGAAACUAUCUAUACAUUUAUGAAUUAUCAAAGUCGGUUAUAUAUUAGACAAGCAGAUUCAAGACCAAUUAAGACUACUUCGACGAUAUAUGAUCUCAAAACAGGACAAUUAUUCUCGCAGACCGAAAAUAAAAUUACCUAUUGGAGUUUAGACGAAAUACCCGAUUCGAAAUUUAAAUUUCCAAUUGAUACCAAGAAAUGUUAUUUUGCAUAA